AUGCCACCUCGCGAGAAUCCCAUUUCGCCCAUGGGGAACACCAAACCUCAUCUGACAUUCUCCGCCGCGUCCAUCAACAGUGAGCCGGUCGRGCUGGAAAGCACGCCCAUCUCUCCGGAGCGACUGCAAAGACGCGGCUCCAAGUCAGCAGAGGAAAUCUUGUCAAACCCCAACACAGAGGACAAGAAGGUGCGGGAUGACCUGAUGCGAGAUCGUAAAGUCGAUCCUGCUGUACUGGUUGAUAUACCUUCGGGACCAGAUGCCGACGCCAUGCAGCAAGCAGCUGGAACUACUACUWCAACUGGCACCAAGCACGUCGAAAGUACAGCUUCGACGAAGAAUGGUGCGCGUUAG